ACUAUACAGCAGUGAGCAGUUAACAGUAUAUCCAUCCAGGAAAAUUGAAAAAGUUAGAUAAUUUUGUUUUUAAGAAAUGUAUUGAGGAUAUAAAAAAAAAUACAAUUUUGUAAUAUAAAAGGAACCCUAUUAUACGGGAAAAAAAGAAAGGAAUAUUGACUGGAUCAUUUGAUAAAUACAACCAUGGUUGUUGGAGCUUUUCCUAUAGCAAAAUUAUCAGUGCUAUUAAUAAAGCAAAUUAGCAAGCCUAUUGCAAAUAUAUGUAAAGAAAGGGCUAAAAAUAGUCCAUUUUUUAGAACCUAUGUAUGCAUGCCUCCAGCGCAAUUUUACAAUUGGUGUGAAGUGAAGGCUAAAAUGUGGAUCCUAAAUCUUGGUAAACCAGUUAAUAUACCAGUACUCAGUCAAGAUAUGGCUAUUGAGCUUGGUGCCAACCUUCUAGGAGAGUCAGUCAUCUUUGUUAUUGGUGCUAGCCUAUUAAUUGUUGAAUACAAUCGACAAAGUAAAAAAGAGGCAUCUAAAGAAGCUAAAAGAGAAGAGGAAAUGAAACAUAUUACUGGAACAAUUACUGAUCUUUAUUUUACUGUUCAACAACAACAAACACAACUUAGAGAAAUGGAGAGACUAAUUCAUGAUCUUGAUAACAAACCAAGAAACCCAAGCAGUAACAACCCUUCUGGAAAGACACCACCAAAAUCUGAAACAUCUAAACCAACUGAAAUUGUCACAAUUCCACCAUCUAGUGUUGAAAGUCACUCAAUUGAUCAUCAAAAAAAUUACUCUAGCACUCCAUACCCAAACAAUGGAAUUAUCUUGCAAUCUUUAAACUAUAUACAAAUGGAUGUCUUGAAUUCUCUUUUUGUUCAGUUGAAUACGAGUGAGCAAGAAGUCAAAUCAAACGGUAACAAAAAAAGUUAUAGAAGAGAGCAAGCUGUACUCUCAGAAGCUCUUUACAAUUUAGAAAAUAAUUUUAGGAGUUUAUUUUAAAAGUGCAUGUUGCCCAUGCUUUAAUAGGAUAACUCUACUAUAUUGAAUAAGGAAGAAUGUAUGUAUAGUAAAUGUAUGAAAAAAAAUCUUAGAUUAUGUGAUAGAAGGAAUGCAUUGCAUUUUUUUAUAAAAUAAGUCAUAAUUGAAAGAAUGGAAAAACUUAAAAGCUUAUUUAUAUCGUACCUAGUCUUGGUAUUAAGGUUACCUUAAUUUAUUUAAAAUGUAGUAAAGGAAUGUUCAUACUUUUUAGAAAUACACUACAUUUUAAGCUUUCCUUCAUGAAUUAUAUUAAUAGAUUAUAAAUUAUAGUAUAUACAUCAAACAAAUUAGAUUCUACAACAUGAAGAUAAAAGUUCUAUAAUUUUAAGGAUUUAGUGGAUCUAAAAAGAAAAUAAAGAAUAAAACUUUUUUCUGUUAA